ACUCAUAGACACACCACCCUUUUUUUUUCAUUUAACACAUAUCCGCAAAGUUUACAAGCAUCAGAUGCCUCACACCUAAUUGGGUUAUUUAGCUUUUUUUAAACUCGGAGCGGAUAAAGAUGAGUGAAAUCAAAACAAAGGGUUCCGCCGGGACCGAAGACCCCGGAGAGGAGAAGGACUGGGCCGAGGCCAAGGCGUUCUUUGACAACCUCAAAACCCACAAGCCGAGACCUCCCAAGCCCCAGUACGCGGUCACCGUCGCCGUCUCGUCUCGCACCCUCUUCGACAUGGUGGCAGAGAGGAAGAUCUACGAGGACCAAGGACUCGAGAAGUACGUGGCCUAUCAGCGGGAUCACGAAGACGAGCCGCUGAAGCCGGGACCCGCGUUCCCCUUCGUCAAGGCGCUGAUGACCGUCAACAACCGACUGAGGCUGCUUUACCCGGAGAGCGAGGAGCUGUUUGACAUCGUCCUAAUGACCAACAACCACGCCCAGGUUGGCGUACGCCUCAUAAACAGCAUUAAUCACUACGAUUUGACCAUAGAGCGGUUCUGUAUGACCGGGGGGAAAAGUCCCACGGGCUACCUGAAGGCCUACAUGACGAACCUCUACCUCUCCAAGGACUCGGACAAAGUCUCGGAGGCCAUAGAGGAAGGCAUCGCCGCGGCAACCAUGUUCAUGGCGGUAAAGGAGAACGAGUUGAGCGACAGCCAGCUGAGAGUGGCGUUCGACGGCGACGCCGUCCUCUUCUCGGACGAGUCCGAGAUCAUCGUGAAGGAACACGGCCUGGACACUUUCUUUGAGCACGAGAAGGAGUUUGAGAACAAACCCCUCGCACAGGGUCCCUUAAAGUGUUUCCUGGAGGCUCUGGGGAAGCUGCAGAGAAAAUUUUACGCCAAGGACGAGCGCAUGAACUGCCCCAUCCGGACCUUCCUGGUGACGGCCCGCAGUGCGGCCAGCUCCGGGGCUCGCGUCCUCAAGACCCUCCGCAGCUGGGGCCUGGAGAUCGACGAGGCCCUGUUCCUGGCCGGGGCUCCCAAAGGGCCCCUGCUGCAGAAGAUCAAACCGCACAUCUUCUUUGACGACCAGAUGUUCCACAUUGAGGGGGCCCAGGAACUGGGAACCAUAUCUGCGCACGUCCCCUAUGGGGUCGGACAGAAGUACCACAAGGGUAAACUCAUCGUCCCGCCGAAAAAGGAAUGAUCGAGAACUGGUUGAAAAAUCCACAAGGCUCCAAAAUACAACCGUGCAUUUGAAUUGAUCCGGUAAACGAUUACCGGCAAUUGCCUUUUAAUGCCUUUCACUUUUUUCUACUUUUCUUGGAAUACGGUUUUAUUGAUGAGUGUAGGAAUGUUUUUAACUUUUUCACUAAACACUGUUCUGUAGGUAUAAACACCAGAUUCAAGAUGACCCAUUUGUACACAUUUUCACCCUUUGAGAGAGAUUUGUUUAUCAUAUCAUUUGCAUCCAUUCCUUUUUUUACAAUAACAUAUGUCGUUUUUUAAAUCUUGGUUUCAGCUAUUUGUUUCUGGGUGUAAUCUAAAUGAGUAGGAGAAUAUAUCUGCUAUAGUAGAUCUUAUCUUUCCUGCAUUGGCUCUUUAAUUGCUUUUAAACGUAAAGAUUGUGAACUGGUUAAAUUACGGCAAUUUCCACUUGGGCAUAUUGGUCUCUGCUUUUAGUAAUAAAUACUCAUAUGUAUUCUGUUGGCAUAUUAUGAACACUGAUGCUGUUUUUCCUUACGGCCCAUCAUGUAAACGUUAUAUUUCUCUUUAAACCUUUAUACGCCUGUACACUGCACCUCUUUAUCAGGAAGCGCACUGUAACUACACUUUUCUGUCACGUUCUAGUGCUUUUAUAUAGGAACGAGUGCACAUGAACAUUUUUGCAAAUUGGAUUUGAUUUAUUUUCUUAUUGCAAAAAGAUCUAAAUGUUUUCAAAAAUAUACACUUGUUUGAGAAUAUUUGUAUCAUGUUUAGAAAUGUCUACAGACUAUGUAGUGUUUUGAAUUGAUUGUAAUCGUUUACACAAUAACAUGUUUGCACAGUUUCUCUUUUCUGUACUGUGUUUUCUGGGCUAUGGGUGUUGGCUGCAGAGGAAUAAAAGAAUGUGGAGGAACUCCA